AUGGGUCAGGGACCUAGCGGUGGAGCUCCCGGCCGGGGUCCGCCCAAGGACAACAAGAAGGACCAGCAGAAGAAGUGGGAGCCGCCGCUGCCCACGCGCGUAGGCAAGAAGAAGAAGCGCGGCCCUGACUCGGCCGCCAAGCUGCCCGCCGUCUACCCGACCACCCGCUGCCGCCUCAAGCUGCUCAAGCUUGAGCGUAUCAAGGACCACCUCCUUCUCGAGGAGGAGUUUGUCCAGAACCAGGAGCGCCUCCGCCCGCAGGAGGACAAGGAUGCAGAGGAACGCACCCGCGUCGACGACCUGCGCGGCAGCCCCAUGGGCGUCGGAUCCCUCGAGGAAAUCAUCGACGACGAGCACGCCAUCGUCAGCAGCGCCACCGGCCCCGAGUACUACGUCAGCAUCAUGAGCUUCGUCGACAAGGACCUCCUCGAGCCCGGAUGCAGCGUCCUCCUCCACCACAAGACCAUGGCCAUCGUCGGCGUCCUCUCCGACGACGCAGACCCCAUGGUCAGCGUCAUGAAGCUCGACAAGGCGCCCACCGAGAGCUACGCCGACAUCGGCGGUCUCGAGACCCAGAUCCAGGAGAUCAAGGAAUCCGUGGAGCUGCCCCUCACACAUCCCGAGCUCUACGAGGAGAUGGGCAUCAAGCCGCCCAAGGGCGUCAUCCUCUACGGUGUGCCCGGAACGGGCAAGACGCUGCUGGCAAAGGCGGUGGCCAACCAGACAUCGGCCACGUUCCUGCGCGUCGUCGGCUCCGAGCUGAUCCAGAAGUACCUCGGUGACGGCCCCAAGCUGGUGCGCGAGCUCUUCCGCGUGGCCGACGAGCACGCGCCCAGCAUCGUGUUUAUCGACGAGAUUGAUGCCGUCGGAACAAAACGAUACGACUCCAACUCGGGAGGAGAGCGAGAGAUUCAGCGAACGCUCCUCGAGCUCCUCAACCAGCUCGACGGCUUCGACACCCGCCACGACGUCAAGGUCAUAAUGGCCACCAACAAGAUCGAGUCGCUCGACCCGGCCCUGAUUCGACCGGGACGUAUCGACCGCAAGAUCGAGUUCCCGCUGCCUGACCAGAAGACCAAGAUGCACAUUUUCCGCCUGCACACGAGUCGCAUGAACCUCGACAGCGAUGUCAACCUCGAGGAGUUUGUCGCCAUGAAGGACGACCUCAGUGGUGCCGACAUCAAGAGCUUGGUGACCGAGGCGGGACUGCUGGCACUACGGGAGCGGAGGAUGCGCGUGACCAAGAAGGACUUCACCACGGCGCGCGAGCGUGUCAUUGACAGGAAGAACGAGGGCACGCCCGAGGGUCUCUACCUCUGA